UCAAAGUAUGAAAGCGUAAGAGGAAGGGGAGGUUGCAAAGACUGUGGUUGGGUUGAUCUGAUCAUUCCUGUAUGCUUGCUUCAGUGGUCUUUCGUUUUCACAAUGAUAAGAAUAUGUGCGUUCUCUUGUCUUCUUUCUGCUCUGAGUGUUGUGGAGAUGAAGCCUCUCAACAUAAAGGGACAUGUUGGGGAGACUGUGACGAUCAAAUGCUCCGACUGGGACACUUGGUUUAGUGUUAAAUCUAACGUAAAGUACUGGUGUUAUAGUCCAUGCUCGGACAACAAACACAUCAUCAUCAAAGCAGCAUUUGGAGAGACUAAACACAGGAAUCGGAUAAAGUUAGUUAACAACGGAGCAGAUGCAUUUGUGACCUUCACUAAUCUCCAAAAGUCAGACUCUGACAAAUAUUAUUGUGGAGUGGAUAAGUUUGGCUUUGAUUUAAAGACAGAGGUGAAUCUUGAAGUUACAGAAGCUGAGUCUUCCAGGCCCAAGACAACUCCAAAAGCAUUUGAUGUGAACACCUCCACGAUGUCUUCAAGCAGCUCAGAUAUUAUUACUGAUAUUUCUACGUCACACAUAAUUCAACCUACAACAACUCCUGCAUCAGAAAUAGCAAGAGCCGGAAGUGUCCCAUAUUUGAUUGUCGGUGUCUGUGUUAUAAUAACCAUACUGAUGGCCCUACUGACACUUAUGAGGAAGAUGAUGAUGAAACAGCUGAAGGAAGAAGACGCACAAGAGGAUAUUGAAUAUGAUGAAAUCAGACUUGAAGACCAACAAGGCGUGAGCCGACCUGCAGAGGUCUCUACCCUCCGCUUCUCUGCAGACCCAAACAGUCUCUACGCCAACUAUUCCUACCACCAAGACACUGAGUUAGCAGCUUCCGACUCUGUGGUCUAUUCAAAGGUAGCAUAUGCGAAGAACAGAGCCAACGGUCUCCAGUGUGACUUGGUGUACUCUGUUGCUCAACUGCCCACUGGGCAAUCCAAACCAAUUCGCUCUGAAAGCACCGAAAAUGACUCUCUCUAUUCUCUGGCUCAGUUACCACAGACAACCUGAAUGUGGCCACCGUGAUCAAAGUGGAUAUAUGGUAUUUAAAUGGAAAGGUAGAGAUGUAAUGUAAUUUAAGGAUGUAAGGAUGGCCAUUAUCGCCUGCUUGCACAGGCAACCUGCACAGAUGUUCUUCUGGUGAAUGAUUUUCAGUGAGCAUCACCAAACUGCAACUCCAGAAAUGUGCUUGAUGUUUUUACACUCUGUGCGGGUCAUUUUAUCAUUAAGUGAGGACUCAGCAUGAUGGCUUCAUAUUGAACAUAUUAAACUAUCUGAUGCCAGAUUUGAGUCCCAAAACUCUCCUGCCAAAGUAUCCAAGAGCCAGACAUGAACCUGCUUGGUUAAAAGAACAUCAACUAUUAUCAUUUCCUGCAACUGAUACCGUGUUAGCGACAGACUGAGAGUCUGGAAAAUACAAGAGAUGUUUUUUGAAAAGAAAUGCAGCUGACAUUGGACUUUUCCUUUCAGUUCUUUCUUUCUGACUGCGGGCACAUCCGAGGCAGCGCUUUCACUAUAUCUGGCCCCUCAGAGGAAGGCUUGCUUCCCUCAGGUGCCAUUAUACAGCCCACAGUUGUUCUACUUUCACAACUCACACUGGACAGCUCAAUGCUAAAUUAUUACUAUUCAAAUACUUUCAGCCCACUCGUGUUUCUCUCUUUAAUAUCAAAAACCCUCAGUUGUAUUCUAAUGUUAAUUUAUUGGUUUAUUGUUAUGAACUUGUCAGUGGACCCUUUCAUGAAUUUCAUUAUUUAUUCACAUGGUACAGAACAUUUAUUUUAGCCAGCUCCCUUUGACCACUGAAACUUUGUGGUAUGUGGUCUGUUCUUGGUUUUGCUUUGUUUGUAAACUCUUUUCUGUGUUUUCAUUUGUAUCUCUGUAUGAAACAUACAAAUAAUGUCACUGAAUAAUUAGUUCAGAGAAUUGUGAAGGUUUUUUUAUAUACAUAUAUACACGAUGAAACUUUG